AUGGCAUAUCCUUAUUGUUCUAAUAAAAACUGCCAUCUCCCUAACCCUCAAACUCUCAAAGAAUUACAUAAAGAAGUAAAAUGGAAAAAAUUAGCUGAGGCUUACAAAGUAAGUGAACACACUAUUUAUCGACAUGCCAAAAUCUCUAAUAGGAGGCUAAAAAGAGGUCGUAAAGGAAAAAUAGGUGGUAAAGUUCGCGACUUACUACUCUUCUCCUUCACUGCUUAUCGUUCCAAAGAUAACACUUUAACUCAACAAGAGAUGGCUAAUCGUGUUUAUGAUAAAGAAAAAAUCAUGGUUAGCCAACAAACUGUUUCUCGAUUUUUGGCUAAAAGAAAAAGAACUCAUAAGAAAAUCACUCCUCGCUAUCAAGAACAAUAA